AUGAGUGGAGUGUUGUCUUUGUUGAUAACCCAAUCCAAAACCAAAUGCCCAGAGUUCUCACAGCUCUCAAGGUCUACGAUGCCAAUGUUUUGUAUCACACAGCGAUCACUCACUCUUCCAGGCCUCUCGGCCUUUCUCUCACAACAUCAACAGCAGCAACAACUCUUCACCAUUACUGAUCAUGCAUCUUCUUCGUCACCAUUUUUCACCGUAACUGCUCCUCUCUUCGUUCCUCCUUUAAGAACUACUAGACGUUCAACUAAUAAUAUCACUGCUAAGUUCUCUGUCUCUGCCAAUGCCAACGCUGAAAAUUCUAAUGAAACGGCUACCACCACUGCCACCAACGCAGUUCUUGAACCUUCACCUGAUGAUUUGCGGCAGGCUCGGAGGUCUGCUGAUUGGAAGGCGGUAAAGGCGUACUGUGAUGGUGGACUCAUCUUUCAAGGAAGGGUUGAAGGAUUCAAUGGUGGCGGCUUAAUUGUUCGUUUUUAUUCUCUUGUGGGUUUUCUUCCCUUCCCUCUGUUGAGCCCUUCACAUUCUUGCAAAGAAAAUGGACUUGUGACUGAGAACUUGUUGUACUGUUUUGUCUUCUCUGAUUUUGUGAUUACAUUUCAUGUAGAGCCCCAAAAGACUAUCCAUGAGAUUGCUCAAGAUUUGACUGGUUCACUCAUUUCCGUGAAGGUAAUCGAAGCUGAAGAGGAGAACCGGAAAUUGAUAUUCUCUGAAAAGGAAGCUGUCUGGUCACAGUUUUCUAAAACAAUUAAUAUAGGGGAUAUUUUUGCAGGAAGGGUUGGUUCUGUUGAGGACUAUGGUGCCUUUAUUCACUUGCGAUUCCCUGACGGUUUGUAUCAUCUUACCGGACUGGUACAUGUGUCUGAGGUUUCAUGGGAUUUAGUUCAAGAUGUAAGGGACAUCCUUAAUGUUGGUGAUGAAGUAACAGUCAAAAUUAUUGAUAUAGAUCAGGAAAAGUCAAGGAUUACACUGUCAAUCAAACAAUUGGAGGAAGAUCCACUGCUAGAAACAUUGGACAAAGUGAUUCCUCAGGAUGGUUCGGUUCCUCCUUAUCCUCUGAGCAUGCACAACAGCUUUACUAUUGAACCUCUACCAGGACUUGAAUCAAUAUUUCAAGAGCUACUAUGUGAAGAUGGCAUAGAUGACAUAAGAAUCAGUAGACAAGGGUUUGAAAAGCGUGUUGUUUCGCAAGACCUGCAAAUUUGGCUUUCUAAUGCACCACCUAUAAAUAGGAACUUUACCCUCCUUGCUCGAGCCGGAAGGCAGGUGCAGGAAAUACAGCUGACAACAGCACUUGACCAAGACGGUAUCAAGAAAGCAUUGCAGCGAGUGUUGGAACGUGUUCCAUGA